UUUCCGCCAUUUUAAUUUGGGUUUCAAAACUCGGGUAAAAUUAGUGUUAUAAUAUUUAAUUAAAUUUUGUGAUUACUUUUAAUAAAUUGUUUAGGUCAAAUUUAGAGGACAAAUUUUUAAUCAUGUCAUCGUCAGUGAGUUAUAAAUGGAAAAAGAAAGACCGGAAACGUAGCCGCAAACCUUAUGAUAGGCCUUACAAUCAGCAACCAUGGUAUUUGAAAUACAAGUUGGAGAGCUACCUGCCUAAUUGGGUUGUUAAUGUAAAAAAUUAUUUUCUAACUAAUGUUGCAAGUGAAACUGACGAGAAUAAUAUCAACGAGGAGAAUGGUGGUUUUGAUGGAUCACUUUUAGGCCCAAGACCGGCAAGGGUAAUCCUUGAUGAUAAUGAUGAGGGUGAAAAUGAUGGAAAUCAAGAGGUAGAAGACGAUGAAGACGACGAUGCCGAAGAAGAUGAAGAAGAAGAGGAAGAAGAAGAAGAGGAAGAAGAAGAGGACGCAGAGGACGUCGAAGAAGAGGAAGAAUUAGAAGAUAAAUUAGACGUGCCAGAUACCGAGGAAGAAGAAGAGAUCGUCGUUGAAGAACCAAUAAAGCCUCCAGUUAAAGAAACAAGUAAAUAUGACUUCAAAGUUUCUCUCGAUAAAAUGGAUAAAUCUAAUAGCUUAGGCAUAUCCGAAUUACCUGGUAGUAAUAAGAUCUCAGCAACUACCGCUCAAAGAUUUUCUGUAAAAAGAAAACAUGAACUUGGCCCUAGUGCCACUCCAACACCUUCAACGUCACGUGGUAUUGUUAACGAGGUCAGGGAUGAAGAAGGUUCUUCAUCCAGUGAGAAUACAGCUUCAUCAACAAGUGGCUGUUCAUCUUUAGUUGCAUCAAGUAAUUAUAUUCAAAAGUUAUCCCUUCCUAUUGAUAAAGAUAAAACUGAACGCUUAAGAAAAGAGCUAUUGAAAAAUACCAGGGACGUCGCCGUUGAAACCGACAACAAACCAUCAUUAAGUAGUCGAGAUGAUAAUGAUAGCCGACGAUCCCUUUUAUGGUCUCAUUCACCUAGUUCCAGAUUUAAUGUUUCCAAAUUUACCUCACCAACAAGUGUUUCACCUCGUGGAGCUAAUUCGCCUUAUUAUGAAGGGAAAACUACCUUCGGCGGGACAUCAGCCAAAAGAGCUCGUCUUGCAGCUCCUUUCAACAAAUUAAUCAGUCCAAUUAAUAACACCUCUAAUGUUAAAAUUCAACUCAACAAUAACCGUAACAGUGAUAGCGGUAAAAAGUUGAACUCAGAAGAUCUUCUCAGUGAUGCUGCGAAGAGAAUAUUAGCUAAUAUUGAAAAGAUAUCUUCUCCUUUAGAAGAUGCUAAGAAAAUUCCUGUCUUUGGGUCUAUUGAUACAAGUAGAUACCUCAGUGAGCCCAGGAGAGCACCAACUAUUAGAACACCUUACGCGAGACCUGUUAAAUCUGUUCCUUAUCCAUCACUUAAACCAUCACUUGUUCCAAUUGAUAAACCUCAACUUAAAUGGGCAGUAUCACCAUCUGAUACAGAUUCUGUUGACAGAGUUGAUUCUAGUGUAUCACCUCAACGAGAUUUAGGUUUAUCCCCAUCUUAUGGUGACUUCUCUGCCGGAGAUAAGAACAUUGGAGGAAGUGGUGGUGGUAAAAUCAGACCAAGUAAACGAUUUAACGUUAGACCAAAGGGAUCCAGUUCUUCUUCACAACUAUACGAGAACGUUGUUCCACUUGAACUCAAAAAUAAUGUCCCAUUUAAUAUUACAAAUCUACCUUCAUUCAGCUUUGCUGAAGCUUCUGCUGUGUCAGCACCUGUCGCCUCAUCUAGUAAUGUUUCACAACCUGAUGAUUCGUCGAGUCUUAACAAGGAUAAAAAUGUUGGUGAAGCUACCGAAUUAACCACAACUAUUGAAGUUCUUGAAAAUGAAAGUGAGAAAGAAAACAAGCUUCUUAAAUCAUCUGAUUUCUCUAUUCCUGUGCCUCAAAAGGAGCAACCUAUCACAAUAGAAUCAACAACUAAAACAGCUAACACUACAGUAAUCGAAGUUGUUAACGAAUCACCAACCAAGGUAGUUCAAGAUGAAAUGGUUGCCAAAAUUUCAGCUGAUGCUGCAUUGGCAGCAGUUGAAGAUAAAGUAAGCGAUGAUAAAGAGAUCAAGAUUGUUAAGUCUACCGAGAGUUUAUCAAAAACCUCUGACCAAUCAAGCAAAUCACCAGUUAAAGAUGGUUCCAGUUCUCAGACGAUUUCAGAUAAAACUGUAGAUAAAACAAAUUUGGGUAAUAAAAUCAGCGAAUCAUUAUUUAGUAAAUUCAAGCCUCCACCAGGAUCGUGGAUGUGCGAUGAAUGCUUUGUACAGAACAAGCCCGCUGAUCUUAAGUGUAUUGCAUGUGAAACGGUUAAAAAAGGUGCUAUGGUUCCGCCUGCUUCUUCAACACCCCUACCAUUAGCAUCAACAGCUUCAGGCUCAAGUAAUGUUUUCAACUUCGGUACUUCAGCCUCGAACAAUAAUAAUGAUAAAUUUGGUCAGAGUAAUGCCAUUGUUGAUGUCCCAUCAAGUUCAGGUACAUCUAAAACACCGGCAACAACUACUUUCUCUUUCGGCUCAUCAGGAUCAGGAUCUUCUGGGUUUAGCCAAUCACCAACCUCUGGUGGAUUCUCAUUUGGUUCAUCAUCAACACCCAAUUCAUUCAGUUUCGCAUCGAAACCGUCAACAGCCACCACCACAAUGUCGUCGGGAUUCUCAUUCGAAGCACCUAAACCUAACACCAGUACAGCUCCAUCUGUAACUAGUGUUUCGACCUCAUCACUUCCGCAAACAACCACAGCGAUGUCAACAGGGUUCUCAUUUGACUCAGUUAAACCCAUAAGCAAAGCUCCAGCUGUAUCAAACGCUUCAACAGUAUCUACAGCGUCAACAACGACUACCACUACCACAAUAUCAUCAGGAUUCUCGUUUGAUUUAGCUAAACCAAAUACAAGUACAGCUCCGUCUGUUUCUAAUGUUACAAUUUCCUCAACACCAUCAACAACUUCUUCUACGAUGUCAUCAGGAUUCUCAUUUGAUUUAGCUAAACCCAAACCAAGUACUGCUCCAUCGGUAACCAAUGUUUCGACCGCCUCUACAUCAUCGACUUUUGCUUUUGGUAGCACAUCAUCAUCAGGUACUUCCUCUACUGGUGGAUUUACUUUUGGUCAAACACCUUCUACCACCCCUGCUAAAACAUCAUCAGGUUUUGUUUUCGGCUCUGCAUCCAACACUGCGCCCUCACCUCUGGUCACACCGAGUAUACAAUCAAAUGCUUUCGGUUCAACAUUUACAUUCGGCGCCUCACCUGCUGCAACACAAUCACAAUCUCAAGCACCAGCACCAGCACCCGCUGCAAGCUCUAGUAAUGUUUUUUCCUUUGGUAGCUCAGCAUCUACCAACAAUACCGAUAAAUUUGGACAGAGUAAUGCUAUUGUAGAUGCUUCGUCCAGCUCAGGUACAUCCAAAACAGUGGCACCUUCGGCUUUCACGUUUGGCUCAUCAGGAUCGUCUAGUUUUCCUUCUGUUACGACAACUUCAAGCUCGACAUCCAACACCCUUACAUCACCAACCACUGGUGGAUUCUCAUUUGGUUCAACGUCCACUCCUAACACAUUCAGUUUCGCAUCGAAACCAUCAACAACAACCACUACAAUGUCAUCAGGGUUCUCGUUUGAAGCACCUAAACCUAGCAUGAGUACAGCUCCUUCUGUAACUAGUGUUUCAACCGCCUCAACACCAUCAACUUUCGCGUUUGGUAGCACAGCAUCUUCAGGUUCUACCUCUACUGGCGGAUUUACUUUUGGUCAAACACCUUCUACCACUUCUGCUAAAACAUCAUCAGGUUUUGUUUUCGGCUCUGCACCUAACACUGCGCCCACACCUCUGGUCACACCGAGUAUACAAUCAAAUGCUUUCGGUUCAACAUUUACAUUCGGCGCCUCACCUGCUGCAACACAAUCACAAUCUCAAGCACCAGCACCAGCUCCCGCUUCUGGCUCUAGUAAUGUUUUCACUUUCGGUAGUUCAGCUUCUACCAAUCAUACUCAAUCUUUGGGAGCGAGUCCAGCGGCAAAUGCUAUCAAUUUUGAGACUCAGCCUAAUUUCAAUUUCCUUAAUUCGGCUCCCACUCAAGGACAGCCUUUUAGAUUCGCUGCUGAAGCUUCAAAUUCAACUGGUGCCGUUAUUGUUCCAAGGAAUUUCAAAAAAGCGAAAAGAAGACUUCCACGUUAAUAAAAAUCCGUAAAACAAAAAAAAAUGUAAUAUCAAAUCAUGAAAAAAUUCAAAUAAAUCAUCAAAAAAAAACCUGAA